UUAGUUGUGAGUUACAAUGAGUGGACGAGGCAAAACUGGUGGAAAGGCCCGUGCCAAGGCUAAGACUCGCUCCUCUAGAGCUGGAUUGCAGUUUCCCGUCGGUCGUGUUCACAGGCUUCUCCGCAAAGGCAACUACGGUGAGCGCGUCGGUGCUGGUGCUCCAGUGUAUUUGGCCGCUGUACUCGAGUAUCUCACUGCUGAGAUUCUGGAGUUGGCUGGAAACGCCGCUCGGGACAACAAGAAAACCCGUAUCAUUCCCCGCCAUCUGCAGCUUGCGGUGCGUAAUGAUGAAGAGUUGAACAAGCUUCUGGGUGGCGUGACCAUCGCUCAGGGCGGUGUGUUGCCGAACAUUCAGGCCGUGCUGUUGCCCAAGAAAACUGAGAAGCCGGCCAAAAGCAAGUAAACUCACUGACAUAAUUCUUGAAACCAA